AUGCAUUUGACAAUAACACCUCAUGGACCCGCCGUUCCAUCCAGGCUCCCGGAAGCAGCUUUAUUACUUCAGCAUCAUCCAAGGUGUCAUCGGUUUCCAAGCAGUGUUUGUUUGCAUUCCAAAAUUGACAGGUCCACAGAUGACGAUGAUUCCCAGAAACUCAUUGCUCCGAAUGACGACAACGUCAGAAGUCCCAAUCCAUUGCGUCUCCAGGUGAAGGAAGAGAGGCGGCUGCGAACCACCGGGUUGAUUAUUGGUAUUUCCUUCCUCAGCCUUGCAUCCGUCUUGGGAAUUCUAUUGGGAUUAUUUGAUCCACUUGUGUUCCUGGGUCUUUUGCUGAUUGGCAUAUCGAUAAGAUAUGGCAUCACAGAAUCCUACAACGAAUAUCAGGCUCCUUUUCCUUCCUCAGCCUUUGAGGUUCAACCUUCGACAAUUCCAAGUGCCGGCAUGGGACUCUUUGCGGGGUCCAACCUUGCCAAGUCGACCUAUCUCUUUGAUUACGAAGGCGAGGUUCUGACCGAAGAAGACUAUUUUUCGCGUUACCCAAACGGCGAUGGCCGGUAUGUGGCCCGAGUUGAUACUGGAUUUUUCUCUCUACUGGGUAGUGAACCUGUCUACAUUGAUGGGAUUGACCCAAAAAAGUCAAACAAAGCGCGGUAUAUGAAUUCAGCGUCAGAAGACAUGGCCAAUGUCUAUUGGAAAAAGCAACAGUUUGGAUUUCAGGCUGGUGUCAUGCACUUUUAUUCUUCGCGAGAUAUUCAAAAGGGGGAGGAGUUAUUCUUUGAUUAUGGUGAUACCUAUUGGCAGGCAGCAGACCAGAUAGAUAGUAGCAAACAAGAAGAAAAUGAGAUAUGA